AUUCAGAAUAUGAACAACAUAAUCACUUUUCCAUUGGACAGUUUGCUGAAGGGAGAUCUGAAAGGAGUAAAAGGGGACCUGAAAAAACCCUUUGAUAAAGCUUGGAAGGACUAUGAAACAAAAGUUACAAAAAUAGAGAAGGAAAAAAAAGAGCAUGCUAAGCUGCAUGGGAUGAUCCGUACAGAAAUAAGUGGAGCUGAAAUUGCAGAAGAGAUGGAGAAAGAAAGAAGGUUCUUCCAGUUACAGAUGUGUGAGUACCUGCUGAAAGUCAAUGAAAUCAAGAUUAAAAAGGGAGUGGACUUGCUUCAGAACUUGAUCAAGUAUUUUCAUGCUCAGUGCAAUUUCUUUCAGGAUGGGUUAAAAGCAGUUGAAAGUCUCAAGCCUUCAAUUGAGACACUCUCAACAGAUCUUUAUACAAUUAAACAAGCACAAGAUGAGGAAAGACGACAAUUAACACAGCUUAGAGAUAUUUUAAAAUCGGCACUCCAGGUUGAUCAGAAAGAGGAUUCUCAGAUUCGCCAGAGUACAGCUUACAGUUUACAUCAGCCUCAGGGAAACAAGGAACAUGGCACUGAACGAAAUGGUAGUCUGUACAAGAAAAGUGAUGGAAUCAGAAAAGUGUGGCAGAAAAGGAAGUGCUCAGUUAAAAAUGGUUUUCUUACAAUUUCCCAUGGUACAGCUAACCGACCUCCAGCAAAGCUCAAUCUGUUAACCUGCCAAGUGAAAACAAACCCAGAAGAGAAAAAAUGUUUUGACCUCAUAUCACAUGACAGGACGUACCACUUUCAAGCAGAGGAUGAACAGGAAUGUCAAAUAUGGACAUCUGUGCUACAAAACAGCAAAGAGGAAGCUUUAAAUAAUGCAUUCAAAGGAGAUGAUAACACAGGAGAAAAUAAUAUUGUCCAGGAACUGACAAAAGAAAUUAUAUCUGAAGUCCAGAGGAUGACUGGAAAUGAUGUGUGUUGUGACUGUGGAGCACAAGAUCCCACCUGGCUUUCAACAAAUUUGGGAAUUCUGACUUGCAUUGAAUGCUCAGGAAUCCAUAGAGAACUUGGUGUUCACUAUUCCAGAAUGCAAUCACUUACAUUAGAUGUGCUGGGAACAUCUGAACUUUUGCUUGCAAAGAAUAUUGGGAAUGCUGGGUUUAAUGAGAUUAUGGAAUUCUGUCUGCCGAUUGAUGAGAUGGUCAAACCUAAUCCAAGCAGUGAUAUGAAUGCAAGAAAAGAUUAUAUUACUGCCAAGUAUAUUGAGAGAAAAUAUGCAAGAAAAAAGCAUGCUGACAAUGCAGCUAAAUUGCAUGCUCUUUGUGAAGCAGUCAAAUCAAGAGACAUUCUUGGAUUAGUCCAAGUAUAUGCUGAUGGUGUGGAUCUCACAGAAAAAAUUCCACUGGCCAAUGGCCAUGAGCAAGAUGAAACAGCACUUCACCUUGCUGUUAGGUCAGUUGAUCGAACAUCCCUUCAUAUAGUUGACUUCUUAGUGCAGAACAGUGGCAAUCUAGAUAAGCAAACAUGUAAAGGUAGCACAGCCCUACAUUACUGCUGUCUGACGGACAACGUUGAGUGCCUCAAACUGCUGCUGAGAGGGAAGGCAUCUAUUGAAAUAGCUAAUGAAUCAGGAGAGACGCCACUUGAUAUAGCUAAACGUUUAAAACAUACUCACUGUGAAGAGUUGCUUACUCAAGCACUGUCCGGAAGAUUUAAUUCUCAUGUUCAUGUAGAAUAUGAAUGGCGGCUGCUCCAUGAAGAUCUGGAUGAAAGUGAUGAUGAUGUGGAUGAAAAGCUGCAGCAACCCAGUCCCAAUCGGAGAGAGGACAGGCCUGUCAGCUUCUAUCAACUUGGAUCAAACCAGCUUCAGCCUAAUGUAGCAUCCCUGGCAAGAGAUGCAGCGAACAUUGCUAAGGAUAAGCAAAGAGGAUUUAUGCCAAGUAUAUUACAGAAUGAAACAUAUGGAGCAAUACUCAGUGGCAGUCCACCUCCCAUUCAGCCUGCAGUACCUGUUACAAGUAGUGCACCUCCUCUACCUCCAAGGAAUAUUGGCAAAGUUCAGCCUUCAGUUCUUGGCAGUGGUAUUCAGACAAUUUCUUCAUCUAAUGCAAUAUGGAAGACAAAUUCUUUAGGAGUGGAAAGUAUAAGCAGGCAGAGGUCUUCAUCAGAUCCACCAGCUAUUCAUCCCCCUGUGCCGCCAUUGCGUGUAACAUCUACAAAUGUGCUUUCUCCAGCACCACCGCCUCCAGUGGCAAAGACAGCCAGCAUUAUAGAAGCUUUGAACCAGCAAUCUAAACAACAACCAGCUCCUCCACAAACUAAGCCAACCCCACCACCACUGCCCCCACAACCUCCUAGUAGAAUCUCUCAAAGAAAGCCUAUUCCUGGGACUGAGAAGUCAUCUGGUGUAACUAACAAAGGGCAGCCCAGAGGACUUGGGUCUCUACAACAAACUACAGGAGAGUCGUCUUCUGUAUGUGAAAUGCCAGUAACACAAACUGGUUCUACAACAAACACUUUGGCACAAAUCCAGCCACCAGCACCAAUGCCAAGGAAAUCACAAAUAUCAAAAACUAAGCCCAAGAGAGUAAAAGCUAUUUACAACUGUGUAGCAGAUAACCCCGAUGAGCUGACUUUUUCAGAGGGAGAUAUUAUUGUAGUCGAUGGUGAAGAAGAUCAGGAGUGGUGGAUUGGUCAUAUUGAUGGAGAUCCCAGUCGGAAAGGAGCUUUCCCUGUAUCAUUUGUGCACUUUAUUGUUGACUAAAUUGCUACUGAUAAGUGGAGAUAUUUCUCAUUUCCAGCGGUCACAGAAAUAAGUUUUGCUCUAUUUCAUUUCAUCUACCUAUCUGCAGACACCUUGCCAGAGCACUGCCCAAAUCCUAGGUACUGUAGCUUACUUUUUUAUUGCCAUCAUUCUGAUUUUGUGACUUUAAAAACUUUUUUCUAUGUGAAAAUUUCUCAUAAGCAGUUUACACUUUAAAAAAAAAACACAAAAAACUCUUCCUGUAUUUUUCAAGGUGAACUGAAAAGCUUUAACAAUCAAAAUCCAUAUGAGAGUGUGAACAUCACAACAUUAUGAAUGUUCUUUUCAUUCAAUUCACUGUAAUUUUAUUCUUCCUUUUGUAACAUGACAAUACCACAGUUCACUGUUGCUUCCCCAUCAAAGAAAUUGUGUGCAUCUA